AUGGGAGCACUUCAAGAAUUUGUCAACCGCCGUCGCCAGAGGGGAAAUGUACCGGCAGUUGGUAGCAGACCAGUCGGCAUUACGCGUGCGGUUAAAAUAGGCAGCCGACUGGACAGACUGAAUAAUAUAGCAACACGCUUUAGUCAAGUAGAAGACGCAGAUGGCCAGGCCGAUGCGACUGGCAAGAAUGCCACUACAUCUGCAUCUGGAGCGAAAGCUUCUACAACACCUACCAGCCAAAACAGACUAAACAGGAUUAGUAGUAAGGAUUUCAGACAUGGCGGGAUUGCAAACAAGAGAACAAGGUUAGACACCAUCCAGGAAACGACGAAAGAGACAACUGCAAACAAGAGAACAAAGCUAGAUACCACCCAGGAAGCGACGCAAGACCCAAUUGCAAACAAGAGAGCAAAGUUAGAUGACAAAAAGGAAGCGGUACAGAAGACAGUGGGUGUGCCCGCUUCACAACCACCUGUACCAGGCCCAGUGACCAUACCGAGCACAGCGAACACAUCGGACCUAUUGACCGUACCGGGCCAAAAGCAUACACCGGCCCCAUUGAUCAUACCGGGCACAGCGAACACAUCGGACCUACUGACCAUACCGGGCCAAACGAACACAUCGGACCUACUGACCGUACCGGGCCAAACGAACACAACGCCCACAGUUAAAAAACCGAUUAGGCCGAGCAUGAUGCCAACUCCGACUGCAACGCCCGGCGACCUUUCGACACCUACCACCAAAUCUACUGGAAACCAGCCUCCUGUCAACCCACCUCCUGUCAACCCACCUCCUGUCAACCAGCCUACUGCAACCCCGACCAAUGGAGACAUAGACGAAGAUGAAGAAAUAGACCCGUACAUCGAUACGGUAGCCGCUAUGCUACGAACCACAACCGACCAUGUCGUGCCUCACUCAUACUUGUCCCAGAAACUAGCCGAAGCAGGGGCGACUCCGUUACCACCGGGCAGCAUCACGGCUGACACAUGGAAGAACACGAUCUGGUCGCUCCCGCAGAAGGAGAGACACCAGCACAGGAUCAAUGAGCUGGAAGCGACGAACAAGGAGCUGCUCGAGUCGGUCAUCGAGCUGAAGAAGGAGCGGGGCCAGAUGCUCCCUUUCGUGGCGCAGUCCCAGAUCGCGCGAACGCAGGAGAACCUCAUGAAGUACCAGGCCGAGUACGACGUGCUCAAAGCCCAGUUGGUGGCUCUGCACAGCGGGACCCAGCUGCACCCGACCGACACGGUCAACGACAAGCUGCACUCCAUCCACGACCGCACCCAGGCCAUCAACGUGAUGCUCAAGUACCAGCAGGCCGUCCUCAUGGACCACGACAAGACCGGCAAGAUAGACGCCAAUCCAAGGGCCCCAGCUGGCCCCUAUGACUGGACCCAGAACUGGCCUCGCGACGGCCAGAUCAAGUGGCCUUCUUCCAUCACCAUCAACCAGCCUGAUGCUGCUGCUGCCUCCGCCGGUACCCAGAACCAGGCUCCUACUCCCAGCACCACACAAAAGAACCAGGCUACUACUCCUAGCACCGCAAAUAAGAACCAGACUGCUACUCCCCCUAGCACCACCAAAAAGAGCACCACCAAAAAGAGCCAGACUGCUACUCCCAGCACCGCAAAUAAGAACCAGACUGCUACUCCCCCCAGCACCACCAAAAAGAGCACCACCAAAAAGAGCCAGACUGCUACUACCAGCACCACCACAAAGAGCCAGACUGCUAGUCUCAGCACCACCAAAAAGAGCCAGACUGCUACUCCCAAAACCACCAAAAAGAGCCUGGGUCCUCCUCUUUUCGCCGGAAAUCCGACCCAGGCUACUACUCUCAGCACCACCAAAAAGAGCCAGACUGCUACUCCCAAAACCACAAAAAUGAACCAGGCUGCCGCCGCUCCCACAGGCCCGAACGGGGAAAGGAUUCAUACCGAAGAGUCUAUCAAUGACAUUGCGAAGACCUUGGAAGCAGUAGGGAACACGGCGCAGGGGCUCGCCCACGACGCCGUCGUCGACUACGUGCGGGCCGUGAGCAGCAAGUCGGCCAUCGUCGUCGCGGCGCGGCAGUACAAGAGCGCGAGGAGCUUCUUGAUCUGGCUGCAGUACUACGCGGACGUGCACGAGCUGGCGCUGUACCAGAACAUGGAGACGGAGGUGGUGCGCGCGCUGAUCAUGCGGUGGGCGAGCGCGCGCGUGGUCGCGCCGGAGGCGGAGUACGACGAGGCCACCAUCGCGCGGGAGCUCAGCACCGACAUCCUCGACUUCCUCAACCCGUUCGCGGCCAACGACCCGGACAAGGCCGCGCGCAAGAUCGCCCGCAUCCGCAGCGACAUCAUCACGCCCCUCAAGCAGCUCGUCGCCCGCCUCGAGGCCAAGAACGAGCGCCUCACCCUCUUCUUCUACCCCUGCAUCAGGCCCUUCUUCGACGGCGAGGAGCUCUGGUGCGGCGGCCGCCUGCACGCCGUGCGCUCCAUGGUCCACGUGCAGGACAUCGCCCACACGCUGCGCGCCAUCAACCUCGACAUCUUCACGCAGGACGCCGCCGCCAUGAUGGUCGGCCCCAUCUGCACGAUCAACCCCAUCGCCAAGCUGAACUUCCUCGACGAACCCGACGACGCCGAGCCCACGUACUGCGGCACCGCCUUCGUCGCCGCCACCCUUGGCCGCCCCGAUGAGAGGAAGGCGAUCGCGGCCCAGGCCGACUUGGCCUGGUCUUUGUUCGCGAAGUUGCUUGAGCCCAAUGGCCCGGCUUAA